AUGUUGCACUUGCUGGUCGUGAGCUCUCUUUUCAUGCUCGCGCUUUCGGCGCCUCUUCCGUCCCAACUAGUGGAAGUUCCGCAAUUAAUUUGUUCUCGAAAUAUAGAGACCAUCAAAGACUUGCUCGUCUUCUAUGGCACAAGCUACGUCGCUCAUGCCAUUUCCGUGCCUUCCGGCGAAGUCGGGCGAUAUACGAAGCGCGCAGCCAUUCGAUUUUCGUUCCCGUACACUUCCAUUAUUUCUUUCUUCCUCCCCUUCGGCGGCCUGGCGAGGUCAAUUUUGCUCAUCAAUCAGCAGCUAAAAUGGAGAAAGAAGCACCUCCACGCCGCGUUGGUUCACGGCACUCUGUUACUUCUCGCUAGGACCGAGGGCUGGGCCCCGUCUGAAACGGAGGAUGAAUUUGUGUAUGUAAAAAUCCCCCCGGCAUACUAUGGCUGCGAGAAGUAUAUGGAUGGAGAAAUACCUCGAUGGCACGCUGCCUUCCAUAUCGACAAUGACCACGAAGAAGAUUCACACUGGGAAGUAGAUCAAAACGACUAUUUACUGCACGGCGAGCAGCGUCUUCCAGAGGGCUAUACACUAGCUGUUCCCUCCGACAAAACAACUACAGAGCAUAUACUCGACCAGACCAUACAGGAACCGCACAAGAUUCAGAUACACCGCUCAACGAAUACCCUCAAGAUAUUCUCCGCGAUCAUCCAAAUCGGCGCUGCAAUAUUCACUCUUUCCUUACCGGAACCUGACCAAUUCUCCCGUUGGGGUUACGCGGCGUACGCACUGUCCGUGAUCCCAUAUGCACUCAUGUCCGCAGUCAACAUGGCUUGUACCGCGAUUGUCGGGGACCAAUCUAGCGGUCAUAUCUUGCGGACGCACAUCCUGGAGGAAGCCGAGCGGCGCCCGGGUGGACUGUUCGACGGCACAGUCGGCCGUUUGCGAGAAGCCAGCAAAUUAUGCGGAACGCAGGCUGCCUCAGGGUAUACUGCUGUCAAGCUCCGGCUCGAGACCAUGCACAGUAAUGGGGAGGUGGUGAGGGUCGUCUCGGUGAAUGACGGGAAGAGCAUCAAGAAGUUCAUCCACAGCCCUGGGUCGACACCUCGGCGAGAUCAAUUGAUAAUUUUCAAGAUAUCUGCUAUCUCUCACGAUGGCCCACUCAGCGAGGAGCAACAGGAUCCUGCUCCUGACGGCGACUUGGGCAUCCACAGCCACUCAUCCGCUGUACUUGAAGACAGUCAAGUCAAAUCACUUGCCCACAGUGCGUCCGGAAAAACAUACUUCCGGCGUGGGGAGACAGAACACGCAUCUCGAGAAGAAAUCGUGGCAAUUUCGUCCGCCCUGUUUAUCGUGACAUGCAUUCCCUAUGCCCUCCUCUACGUUAUCACACGCUUCCGUGCCGGUAGCAGUACAGUGGUGCAGCGCGCCGCGAUGAUGGCCUGGCUGGCUGCAGACCAGCUAGCCGCGUUUACCACGCUUCUCGUAUGGGUCAUCCGGGCAAAAUGGGGACGGGUUGUUCCCAGCUGGGUGCACUACCUCUUUGUGGUUAUAUUUAUGAUCCCAGCAGGCUUCGGCUUGGUCAUGGUAGUGCAGAUGUACCUGGAAGAGAAGAAUUUCGGUCCUUCCAGCUGCACGAAUUCGACCGCUUCGUGA